GACCCCGACCUCGACUCCUCCACAGCCUCCCCCGGCCAUCCAGACUCGCCGCGUCAACUCACCGCUGCCUUUGAGGCGUGGUCGGAGCGGGCACGGGACUGGUUUUCGGCCUUCAAUGCGGCCCUGCGUGAUCCCUCUUACCUGCCCUUCAUCGAAGGCAAACUUGCUGCCCUGGAAGAAGACUUCUUGCAGAUGUUUGCAGAACUGGAGACCGCUAGACAGGCUCGGGAAACCAAGGUCACUCAAUGUGUCUGUCGCGAUAAGGCCACGCGUAGUUUCAUCGCUGACCCCCGGGCGUCGUCAAGCAGGACUUCAGACGAGCAACUUCAGGCCUAUCUCGCUCUGCAGGUUCGUUUAUUUGCGACAUGGAGUCGCUCACUCCGUCCCCCUC